AUGUCUCUGGAAGCUUAUGAAUCACCUUCAAAAGUAUCUGUGAAUACUCAAAGAUUAUCUGAUAUGAUAGACUCUUUACAUAACGAACAAAGUGAAGCAGAUCUUUUUAAAUUUAUCAAGACCGUCAUCCCAAUCGCCAGAACGACGUCGCCGGCAGACACACAUACCCCUCCGCCUACUGCCUCAUCUCAAUUAGAAGCCCAAAAAGAACCAACUUUAAUCUCACCUUCUAAACCACCGUCCGGUGGUUUAUUAAGAUCACCAGCAGGGAAUGUUUCUAUUGCAUCAAUGGAUAAUAGAUCCAGUAUGAUCUCUAAUUAUUCAGGUGUCUUACAAGAAGGUGUCGAGAUCUCCUACGUAGUGCAAAAUCAAAGUCCAACAAAAGUGAGAAGACAUGAACCCAGAAUCCCAGAACUACCUACAUUACCAUCAGAAGAAGAUAUGUCGUCAGUCAUACAACAAGAACAACAGCCUCCAAUAAACCGCUCUACCACAGAUAUCACUAUCAGUGCUGUAUCUAAUGCAAAACCAGUUAGAAGAUUUGAUUCUAAAAGUUCAAUGAAGACUAUAUCAAGAGAACCAUCGGUGAAAAGAAAUGACACUUUGAAAUUAUUAGGUAGUCCAAAACGUGGAUUUCCAUCAAUAGAUUCCGGUAAUUUAGCUAGUGAAAGUGGAACUUCCUCAUAUUAUCCGACCACAGCAAAACAGCAGGGGUCUCCCACCGUACAACAGAAGGAGCAUGUAAUUAUUAUUGAUGACGAUGAAGAGCAAGAAGAGGAAGAAAAUGACAAUGAAGAUUCGCGUACUGCAAGUACGAAUGAUCAUGUUUCAAUGGUCUCCAGUAUCAUUCCACCAUUAUCAACAACAAUAACUACUAAUGAUGAAGGCAUGUUGCCCUUGAGAUCGGAAAUUAAUGAAUAUAAUCCUGCUGUCCCGCCAAGGAGUAAAGAUAGACCACGUUCAAGGUUAUUUGUGAGAGAUGAAAUGGAUGAUUCAGAAGAAGAAGAUAUACUUGAUGAGGAAAAUCUGGCGAAGGAAAGACAAAGUAUAUCAAACCCACCUAACCUUCUUCAUACCACCAAUAAUAUACAUGAAGAAGACAGUAUUAUAGGAACAACAACGCCAUCUAGAUAUUCAGAGAGUUUCUACUCUGCGGCAAGUUUUCCCGAUACUGAUAAAGUAAAUGAAUAUAAAGUCGAUGACAGCAAUAACGACCAAGAAGACGAUGUAAUACACUAUGAUGAAACUUAUCUAAGCAGGCCCUUGCCUAACGUGCCUCAACCACAACGUGAUGAAACUAUUAAAGUAAAUUAUACACCGCAUACACCUGGGCCCCAAAAUGUAAAUACCAACGUCAACACUGCCGUCGAAGAUGCUGCUACUGCUGAUGAUGAUGAUGAUGAUGACGAUCAAUAUGAAGAUAUUGACGAGACCGUAAAACAAGGAAUUAGACAAGAACAAAGGAUACCUAAGGUCAUCCCACGAACAAAACCACCCAAGAAGAAUAAGAAUAAGAAGAAAAAGCAACACAAAAAUGAUUUGAGUGGGUUCGACAUCGAUACUUUGAAUCAACUUUUGAACGUAACAAAAGGAACAUUAAUCGGUUCUGAGUUCAAUAAUUUAGGGAUGAAAAUUGAAGAGAAAAGAGCCUUAGAAAGAUUAGUUGAUUCAUUGUCAAGAUUAACGGCAGACAUGGUUUUAGAUCCUGAUCGUUUCGAAGAGGGUUUGAAAAGAUUAGAAAAGGCUACAAAGGCACUGGACGGUUUCUAA